AUGAUCGCAGUCCGUUGUUUACUGCUCUACACGCCAGUUAUAUGUUAUCGUCUUUUUCCCCAAAACGAGAUAUUACUGAACCACAACUCGGGCAGUGACAUCCAACGGAUAUACGCUCCAAGUAUAGUGGACGUGCCGUACCACGUACUAAUUAUAUACGACGGUUUGUUCUGCUCCGGGAGCCUCAUAAGCAGCAUAACUGUGCUUACCGCAGCCAGCUGCUUCUGGAAGUACACUGACGAUAAAGUCUUCGUAAAGGCGGGUACGAAUGUCAUAUCCAACGAGGGAUACAUAUACCAGGUGGAAUCUAUAAAAAUACAUGAAUAUUAUAAACAUCUCAGUGACACGGAUAAUGAUAUUGCCCUUCUUCUUUUAAAAAAUCACGUGGCAUUUAAUAACGGUGUCAAGAAAGUGAUUCUACUGGAACCAGAGACCGCGUUGCGAGUCAAUACACCCAUGAUUGUUUCUGGUUGGAGUACGAUGAAAUUGUCUCCGAAAUACGGAAAUGUUUUGCUGUGGUCGGAGAUGUUUUUGAUAGAUAAAAACGAAUGUAUCAAAAGCUAUGGGCGAUAUAUGACAUCAUCAAACUUUUGUGCAAAAUAUAACUUGGAACGUCGUCUAUACGAUAAUGGCGGGCCUGCGACAUUCCAAGAUUUUCUAGUAGGAUUUGCAUCGUUCACGUCUAAGAACCACAGCGAACCGUAUUUUGCGGUUUUUACUAAUGUCUCGUACUUUUACCGAUGGAUUAUGCUCAACACAAAAUAUUUUCUAGAGAAACGUUGCAAAGAAAAUCGAGUCUCUGGUGUAGAUUUCUUAGAUUAUGACUACCUAGAG